AUGACCAACACAACAAAGCCCUGUAAACUCGCCCUCAUCCAGUUGGCCGUCUCCGCCGAUAAGGACGCCAACCUCGCCAAUGCCCGCACUCAUGUUCUAGAAGCUGCCUCCAAGGGCGCCAACCUCAUUGUCCUCCCAGAGUGCUUCAAUUCGCCUUAUGGAACUGGCUACUUCCCCGAAUAUGCCGAGACUCUUGCGGACGGUCCUUCUGUCAAGUCACUCUCCGCUAUGGCCAAAGACGCCAAGGCAUACUUGAUCGGAGGCUCGAUCCCAGAACGCGACCCAACCGAUGAAAAGAUCUACAACACCUGCACGGUCUACAACCCUGAAGGAAAACUCAUUGCCACCCACCGUAAAGUCCAUCUCUUUGACAUUGAUGUCCCUGGCAAGAUUCGUUUCCAGGAGAGUGAGACCCUGACUGCCGGUCGUCAGUUGACUCAUGUCGACACAGAUUUUGGAAAGAUUGGGGUGGGUAUCUGUUACGACAUUCGUUUCCCUGAGCCAGCCAUGAUCGCCGCCCGUCAAGGAUGCUUCGCGAUGAUCUACCCAGGAGCAUUCAACUUGACAACGGGACCAUUGCACUGGGAGCUGCUCCAGCGCGCAAGAGCCGUCGACAAUCAGAUGUAUGUUGCUGCCUGCUCGCCUGCUCGUGACCUCAAGGCUUCUUACCAUGCCUGGGGUCACUCGACUAUUGUCGGCCCCGCAGGAAAUGUCAUUGAGAGCAUGGACGAGAACCAGGGCAUCAUCUACGCCGACCUUGAUCUGAAGGCGAUGGCAGAGUUCCGUCAGAACAUCCCUUUGACCACUCAGCGUCGCUUCGACUUGUAUGCAGAUAUCUCCAAAGUCCAGCCUUGA